UACACAGUGAACAUUGUUACAUAAUUUAUUAUCACUUUAAUACAUGUACUAGGUAAUUUAGAUAAACCAAUGUAUAUAGUAUGGAAGGUCACCUACGUUACAAAGACAAAGUUACUGUUAUAACGGGCGGAUCUAGUGGAAUCGGGAAAGGUUGUGCAACAGUGUUUGUUCAACAGGGAUCAAAAGUAGUAUUUUGUUCAUACAAUGAGAAGGAAGGCAGAGAAGCAGAAAGAGAGCUGAAUGAUAUAGGACCAGGUGAAGCAUUAUUUAUAUUUGCUGACGUCACAAAAGAAGAUGACAUAAAAAAUCUUAUAAACAAAACAGUAGAAAAGUAUGGACAAAUUGACUGUGUCAUCAAUAAUGCUGGACAACAUCCUGAGUACAGAACAAUAGAUGAUUAUACAGCAGAAGAGUUUAGAAAGUUAUUCGAAGUUAAUGUUCUUGGAUACUUCCUAGUUUCAAAGUAUGCACUCCCACAUUUACGGAAGACAGAAGGCAACAUUAUCAAUAACAGUAGUAUGACUGCUUAUACGGCGGCUGGUUGGUCUUCAAUGUAUUGUGCUACAAAGGGGGCUGUAAGUGCUAUGACAAGGGCACUGGCAAUAGACGAAGCUAAAUUCAACGUCAGAGUCAAUUCAUUUUCCGGUGGAAAUAUCAAUACGCCCUUAUCUAAUCAAUUCAUCAAUUCGACAGCAAAUCCCGACGAGACUGGACAGAUAUUUAGCAACAUCUCAUUAUUAGGCAGGCGAGGAACAGUUGAGGAAUGUGCUAUGACAUGUCUUUAUUUAGCAUCAGAUGCCACAUUCAGCACAGGAAUAGAUAUACAUGUCUCGGGUGGUGCAGAACUGAACUAUGGUUGUAAAAAUGUAAAAACAAAAGAAUUCUGGCCUAAUUUAUUCUUAAAGAAACAAUGAAAUUGCUACUUAAGUUAUCAAAUGUGUUGGACGAAGUUAUAUUUGAUUCACUCUGUUGAAAGUGUAAAACAUCAUAGAUUUUACAUUCAAAUUAGAUAUUUAGAAUCUGGAGUUAUUCUUAUUGGAUCAAAUAAAAUUUUCUCCAUGUU